CGGGUCUGCAGUGGACGAGACAGAUCAGAGCUGUAUAUCCCAGAGAGAGCUUCUCACGGUCACGCACCAUGGCAGACCGUUCCAAGUGCUUUUACUGUCGUGAAGACCUCAGUGGAAAAAAGUUUCUGAAGAAGGACGAGAAGCAAGUGUGCGUGCGAUGCUUCGACAAGUUCUGUGCCAACACCUGCGCUGAAUGUCGACGGCCAAUCAGCACCGACUCCAAGGAGCUUCAUCAUAAGGGACGUUACUGGCACUCAGAUUGUUUCAGAUGUGCCAAGUGCUACAAGAACCUGGCCAAGGAGUCUUUCGGCAGCAAGAAUGACAGGAUCCUGUGUGGGACGUGUAGCUCACGCGAGGAUGCCCCUCGCUGCCACGGCUGCUACAAGCCUAUACUGGCAGGCACUGAGAGUGUGGAAUACAAUGGCAACUCAUGGCACGAUGAGUGUUUCACGUGCUAUCAGUGUCAGAAGCCGAUUAGCUCCAAAACGUUCCAGACGAAAAACAACAACGUCUACUGCAACUCUUGCCAUGAGAAGAAGUUUGCUAAGCAGUGUGCAUGCUGCAAGAAGCCUAUUACCACAGGAGGUGUGAAUUACAAAGACCAGCCGUGGCACUCGGAGUGCUUAGCGUGUUUCUCCUGCCGAAAACCUUUGUCUGGCACCCGAUUCACUUCCCACGAGGAGAAAGUCUACUGCGUGGACUGUUACAAAAGCACUGUGGCCAAAAAGUGUAAUGGCUGCCAAGAUCCUAUUACAGGAUUUGGACAGGCUACCAAUGUGGUGAACUACGAGGGUGGCACUUGGCACGAUUACUGUUUUAACUGUAAGAAAUGCUGUCUUAACCUGGCGAAAAAGCAAUUUGUAUCUCACAAUGGAGACAUUUACUGUUCUAACUGUUCCAAGAAAGUGUAGCUCUCCAGGGAGACACUGCGGAAUAAGAUCACAUCAGAAAAAAAUAUUACCAUUCAUUCAAAUUUGUACAAAAAUCCCACAAAAAAAUUAUUAAAGUGUUAAUAAAGGUGUCUGUUAUGUUGGCUCUGGCUACUUUAUGAAGGGAGUUUUUCCCUGUAAAGAAUGUUAAGUUUGCAAAGAGGCUUUAAUGGGAAAAACGUAUCCUGUCUCUUUCUGAAUGUCCAUUCGUCUCUGGAAAGAGUGUCAGAUAGGAUGAAAGAUAGUGAUAAAGAAAAUAAUUCAUAUGUACAUCAAAAUUUGAUAACCUUCCAUUCUGUGAUGACUUGUUAACAUGGCUGCACAUUAUUUAGUGCUCUUUGUUUUAGAAUUGUUUAGAUUUCGCCUCUUUUCAUUUGAAAUACCAAUUUUACAUUUACUGUAAUAUUUCUCAUUACUUUGUGUCUUUUGUAUACUGCCCUAAAAAUGUAGGGUCACUUGAUGAUUCUUGUGAUCUUAAUUAGAAGGGAUGCUUACAGUUUUCGAAAUAUUUUUGUACACUAAAAUAUAAUUGUAAGAAUACAUAUGUUUUUGAAAUACAUGUACUGAAGAUAAACUGAAUAAUUAACACAGCCAAUAGGAGUCUGGAAUACUCUCAAAUCAUCUCUUCAAGAAGCUGGCUCAUAAAAUAGCAAGAAAACCUUUUUAACAUUUCUCUAUUCUUAUUCUAAAAUGUGGAGGUGGAAACAAAGAAUAUUGUAACCUUUUUGUAAUUUUGAAAACUUGAACAGAAAGUUGUUUUUUAAGUUUUAUACUCUUCAUAAAAUGGACAAAAGUACUAUCACAUUUCCACUAUACAGUGAUUUGCAUAAACGUGUUAUUUUGGUAUUCUCUGUAAUUAUAAACAAAAACAAAUAAAGUUCAAAAACAGUCACUCUUA